AUGGGAGAAGUUGAUUCAAGAUUAAUUAAUCCUUCCUUGAGGUGUGAUGGUAAGAGUGAUAAUGAAAAGUAUAGUGGGUAUGAUGAGAGAAGUAGUAUGUACCCUUUUGUGAAUGCUCUAAGUAUGAGUGGUGGUGAAGGAGACAACAGUUACUCCACCAAUUCUCUUCUUCAGAAAAGAGUUUUAUCGAAGGCCAAACCGGUUUUGGUUCAGAACACAAAAGGAAUGAUGAUAAACUUAAAGUUCCCAUAUUACAUUAAAGUAGCUGAUUUGGGAUGUGCUUCUGGACGAAACACGUUCUUGACCAUGUCUGAGAUUGUGAACACGAUCAAUGUGUUAUGUCAAGAAUGUAACCAAAAACCACCGGAGAUUGAUUGUUGUUUGAACGAUCUCUCAGAAAACGAUUUCAACACAACAUUCAAAUUUAUACCUUUCUUCAACAAGAGGAUCGAAAGCAAAGGAUUGUGCUUUGUCUCUGGAGUCCCGGGUUCCUUCUACUCGAGGCUCUUUCCCCGCAAGAGUCUCCAUUUCGUACAUUCGUCUUACAGUCUCCAUUGGCUCUCUAAGGUUCCCGAAGGACUUGAGAAUAAUUCUUCGAGUGUAUACAUAACAACUUCGAGUCUUCCAAGUGAAUACGAGGCGUACUUGAAUGAAUUCCAAAGAGACUUUACAACAUUUCUGAAAAUGCGUUCUGAAGAGAUGGUUUCUAAUGGACGCAUGGUUCUCACUUUUGUUGGUAGAAACACUCUUGAUGAUCCAUUAUAUAGGGACUGUUGUCACUUUUGGACAUUGUUAUCCAAAUCUCUGGGCGAUCUACUCUCUGAGGGUCUUGUGAGUGCAUCUAAGGUUGAUUCUUUCAAAGUGCCGUUUUAUGAUCCUACCAAAGAAGAAGUGAAGGAGAGUAUUCGAAACGAAGGCUCCUUUGAGAUCGAUGACUUGGAGAUUCAUGGAUUUGAUCUAGGCCAGAGUAACCAAGACGAAGACAAUAGGUUACAUUCACAGAGAUCUAAAGCAGGGGAAAAGGAAGCCAAAUGUGUAAGAGCGGCGAGUGAACCGAUGCUUGUAGCUCACUUCGGAGAUGAUAUUAUCGACGCAUUGUUUAACAGAGGUUUUCAAUCCGUGUGCGAGACGACGACGAUGCAAGGCGAAACUUGUCGAGUGUACUGUGUCGGAACCGUCGAUACAAAGCUUGAUGAGCUACGAUUCCUUGCAAGAUCAGUGCGAUCAAACAUCGACGCCUUCUCCAAUAACUCAUCUUCCAAGGUUGAGGUAGUGAUUGUGGAUGUUUCGGCGAGUACUGAUCAUAAGGAGAUCGAGAAAGUUGCAGACUUUGCAUUUGUAACAAGAGAAGAAGUUCUGUCAUGCUAUGUUGGAUCGACCAAACCACCGGUGAAGCUUCCCGAUGGUAGAGGCCAGGCAGUUGGUAUCAUGAGUAAGUGUCUUGAGAAUUUUCUUAGGCAAGCGCUUGAGGACAAUUCUCUUGCUGGGGUAAUAGGCCUUGGUGGAAGCGGAGGAACGUCGCUGAUAUCAUCGGCUUUUAGGUCUCUCCCGAUUGGGAUUCCUAAGGUCAUUGUAUCAACUGUGGCCAGUGGUCAAACCGAGCCUUAUGUUGGGACAUCAGAUUUGGUUUUAAUUCCUUCUGUAGUAGAUGUCUGUGGUAUCAACAGUGUUAGUAGGGUCGUGUUUUCAAAUGCUGGGGCUUCUUUUGCGGGUAUGGUAGUCAGGAGGCUUGAGAUGUUUAAAAGCUCCGUGAGUGAGAACGGGAAAUCUACUGUGGGUAUAACUAUGUUUGGGGUAACAACUCCAUGUGUAAAUGCAGUUCAAGAAAUAUUAACAAGAGAAGGUUAUGAGACACUUGUGUUUCAUGCCACGGGUGUCGGUGGCAGAGCAAUGGAAUCUUUGGUUAAAGAAGGGUUUAUACAGGGAGUAAUGGAUAUUACAACUACCGAGGUUGCAGACCAUGUAGUUGGAGGGGUGAUGGCAUGCGAUAGUUCCCGUUUCGAUAUAAUCAUAGAAAAAGGAAUACCGUUGGUUUUAAGUGUAGGGGCCGUAGAUAUGGUGAACUUUGGUAGCAAAGAUACAAUACCUUCUCAUUUCCAAACGAGAAAGAUUCAUGUUCACAAUGAACAGGUUUCUCUCAUGCGAACAACAGCAGAAGAGAAUAAAAAAUUCGCAAGGUUUAUUGCUGAUAAAUUGAACAAAUCAACAUCAAAAGUAAGGGUUUGCCUUCCAGAGAAAGGUGUCUCAGCACUGGAUGCUCCAGGGAAGCCUUUCUGUGAUCCGGAAGCUAGUGGCGCUAUCAUGAAUGAACUGCAGAGGCUUAUUCAAACAAGUGAAGACAGACAGGUCAAUAUUUAUCCUCACCACAUCAAUGACCCUGAGUUUGCAGAGGCAUUGGUAGCUUCAUUUCUUGAGAUCUAUCCGAAAGACUAUGCACAAAUCAAACCCUCUGAAACGGCUUCAACGAAAACCAGCACUGGAGAGCCUGAUGAGGGACAUGUGGCUAAGAUGAGUUCGAGGCCUGAAAGGAUUCCAUACAGUCCCAAAGAUUUCCCCAAUGCAAAACCAGAAACCCUGGAACGAACUCAGACCAUUCUGGGACGGCUAAGAGAUCAAAUAGAGAAGGGAAUACCAAUAAUCGGGGGAGGUGCUGGUACGGGAAUAUCUGCAAAAUUUGAGGAAGCUGGUGGGAUUGAUUUGAUUGUGAUAUACAAUUCUGGACGUUUCCGGAUGGCUGGAAGAGGAUCAUUAGCAGGCUUGCUUCCAUUUGCUGAUGCCAACGCAGUCGUGCUUGAAAUGGCAAAUGAAGUUUUGCCCGUAGUGAAGGCGGUGCCUGUUCUUGCUGGAGUAUGCGCAACCGAUCCAUUUCGACGUAUGGACUAUUUUCUGAAGCAGUUGGAGUCCAUUGGUUUUGUUGGGGUCCAGAACUUUCCAACUGUAGGUCUCUUUGAUGGUAAUUUUAGACAGAAUCUUGAGGAGACGGGAAUGGGAUAUGGCCUGGAAGUUAAAAUGAUCUCAGAAGCGCAUAAAAUCGGGCUACUGACCACACCAUAUGCUUUCAACCCAAAAGAAGGAGAAGAAAUGGCGAAAGCAGGAGCUGAUAUAAUAGUAGCACACAUGGGUCUAACGACAUCUGGAAAUAUUGGUGCGAAAACCGCAGUGUCAGUGGAAGAAAGCGUUGUUCGUGUAAAAGCUAUUGCAGAUGCUGCUCGUAGAUUCAAUCCUGACAUCAUACUUCUCUGCCACGGAGGUCCGAUAUCGGGUCCAGAGGAGGCAGAGUUUGUGUUGAAGAGAACACAGGGUUGUGUCCAUGGCUUCUAUGGAGCAUCAAGCAUGGAAAGGCUACCUGUAGAGCAAGCUAUAACAAGCACUGUUCAGAAAUACAAAUCCAUAGCGAUCAAGUGA